CAAUUCAGGGUGUGACAAAAUCUUGCCGUGGCUACAGCAGUAUCGAUCUUCUUUACCUAUAUAUCUACGCUGUCGCAACUGCUCGGUUUUCCUGAUUAAUACAUCUUACGAUUAAUUUAUAAAAUGGGUUGUUGUGAUGAUUCUUCCGUUCUGUCCAAGGUGGCUACAGUGGUCAUCCUUGUUUCCUUUGUGUGCUGUACGAUUGCCAUAUUCACUCCCUAUUGGUCGGAUCUAGAAUCCAAUGGGACUGUGAACUACACCGGCUUAUUUUACACCUGUACUAACGAUGUCUCCAACUGCUUCAACCUGGACAAUGUCCUCUCCGUGUAUCAGGGAACAGAUUACUAUGACGAUUUUCUUGCCACCCUCUCGCUACAGCUGGUUGGUUGGGUUGGCGUCUUGGUUUCCAUGGUGAUUAUGAUUGUUUUCUCUUGCUGUCUUCCAAACAAAAUCCUUGGUUGGGUGGCUGUUAUAUUCAUGCUGAUCGGAGGUCUGUGCAUCACAGUGAGCUUGAUAAUCUAUGGUGCCUCCUUGAUCGAUCUCUACAACUCCCUUCUUAGCUGGUCGUUCGGUCUGGACGUUGCUGGUGCAGCACUCGCACUGACUGCCGCAGUCCUUAUGAUUAUCAACAGCUGUAUAAUACCAUAAAUCACAGUUCCCAUAGCAGCAAAUGGCAGAUAACAAAGGCAGGUCUCCCCGGAGUUCCCUCCCAUUUGUAGACGCUCAAAAUUAAUAUUUGUUAUGCCAAAACCGGAUUUCAUCCGAUUACUCUCCAAGACUGUAGAAAUUCAAAUGACAUUUAAUAGCUUUUGCAGCUAGAAAUCGACCCGUUUCUACAUUCAAGAGUAUUUUGUCCUUGUUCUAGAUUUGUGCCAUACUUUAAAUCUACAUUUCUUGGUAUAUGCAUUGACAAACGAAUGUGUAUACACUGGUCACGUGCUACCACGUCAAUUACGAUUUAGAUUCAUGGCGCGCUUUGUGGAGAAUGCAAGCGUUUUGAAAGACGCCUUCAAAAAGUACAUGAAAUGCAAUUCCUCAUUACCAACUCAUCAAUAUAGUCAAUUUGUCUUGCAGAUAUUCUUUUCCUUGUAAUAUGGAUAUUUAUUUUUAUGUGCAAUACUGUUACA